AUGACAUAGCCACUGCUUAAAAAUACAACAAGAUGGAGGAAGAUAUUUAUUUGUUACUUUUUAGGUUUAGGUUACAUUGAAGAUUCUUUAAAUGGUUCUGAUUCUAAUAAUUGGAAAUUAAUUUUUGCUUUUCCUGCUUUAUUACUCUUUUGUAGAUCUUGUAUACUUAAAUUUCGAUAUAAAAUGGAUAGUCCCAUAACUCUAAUUAAAAGGGAUAAAUAUUUAUUAGCAAAACAAAUAUUAAGAAAAAUUUAUCAACUUUAAUAUGAAGAUUAAGCAUUUUUAGAAUGUAAAUUAAGAGUUCAAAAAAAAUCGGAUUAGGAGAAGGGAUACUCAGUAUUUUCACUAAAAAGCAUAGAACAACAGUAAUAAUUGGCUGCGUACUUUGUUUUCGUUUAUACUUGGUCAGGAUUAUUUGCAUUAUUUUCUUACAGUUUAUAAAUAUUUUCAGAAAUGUCAAAGGAUGAUACUACAUUGAAUGCAAUGUUUAAUUUAAUUAUUGGAAUAGUAUAAUUUGCUCCUGCCUUAAUUUCUAAAUAUGUUUAUGGAAGAUGGGAUAAGAGAUCAUUGUUAUUAUUUAGACUUACUGUCCUGAUUUUAUGUUAGAUACUUAUUAUUGGACUUAGUUAUUCAGAAGAACGUUAUUUGAUUUAUUUUCAUUUGUAUCUUUUCAUUCUAAUAUGUAUUGAAUUUGGAACCAAUUACUUGGGUAAUGUCUUUAAUUAAUUAAGUCGAUGAUUCUGGAAAUCAAUUCUAGUGAAGGAACUUACUUCUGUUUUGUUACUUUAUAUGCUUGGAAAUUGUUAUUCUCUUAUAUUUUUCAAUUGAUGUUCGAUACUUUGGCUCUGAGUGGAUCAUUUAUUUUUUUCUUAAAUCUCACAUUAUUGUCAACAACUUUUUUUUAUUUUUUGUUAAAGAAAUAAAAGGAUUAACACAUAAAGAAGAAGUUGUGA